AGCCUGUAACAAUUCAAGCCAUGUCUCCAGAAGUGUAUUUGGUAAAAAGGUUCAUAGCCAAGAACAUUAUGAGGCUGCAGCGUCUGGGGAUAACCCAUGUUCUGAAUGCAGCAGAGGGGAAGUCAUUCAUGCAUGUGAACACUAAUGCAGAGUUCUAUGAAGGCACAGGCAUCAGAUACCAUGGCAUUAAAGCUAACGAUACACAAGAAUUUAACCUCAGUCGCUAUUUUGAGGAGGCAGCUGAUUUUAUUGAGAAAGCACUUUCCCAGAAGGAUGGACAAGUGUUUGUGCAUUGCCGUGAGGGUUACAGCCGUUCUCCUACACUGGUCAUCGCCUACCUCAUGCUUCGCCAGAAUAUGGAUGUCAAGUCUGCAUUGAGCACUGUCCGGCAGAAGCGAGAAAUUGGCCCAAAUGAUGGCUUUCUAAGGCAGCUUUGCCAGCUCAAUGAGCAAUUAGUGAAGGAGGGCAAACUGAAGCCCUAGAACAGAGCACCGUAGUAUUUUUUGAAGUUUCUCAAACCAUCAGAGGACAUCUUAGGUGCUUUAGAUUCCCAAAUCCCAACCACCAAGCUAAAUCACAUAAUGUGAGGGAGACAGAAUUCCUGCUCUUGCUUGGUGAAAGUAUCUUUCUCAAACUCUGGGUCUGUCUUUCAAGAUAGCACAAAAUUGUGUCACUGUUCAGAGCUGUUGCAAUAAAGAGGUGUUUUUAGAGGGGUAACUCCAGUGGUAACAGCUGUCUUCACAUGUAUUUCAGAACCCCCUGCAGACUCUGUAGCAUAUGUGGUUUGCAUUGACAUUGAGUGUGAUUCAUUUAAGCCUUGUCUUGUAUACCACCAGAGCACCAUUUUCUGAGAGCCCAGCACAGCUCUUCACUCACUCUUAAUUGAAGUACUGUAUUUUCUAAAGCUUCUUUUUCAUGCACACAGGUGCCUAAAGUUUGAGUGUAGGAGCUUCAAGGAAUGGAGAAGCAUAUAUACAAAUGCACAGAUGCACUCGCUUGUAAAAUGAAGCGUAUGCAGUGUUGUGUUUAGUGUGGAUUUAUGCAAUACACAGUGUGUGGUAGUAAAGCCAUUCAGAGCCCAGUCUUGAUGCACACUGUAUUUCCACGAAUAUUUGUACCUUUUGCUGUUGUGAUUGACAUGAAAUAGUCUGAUAUUAAAUGCUCUUUUAUUUUUGUUUUGAAGUCAUACUAGAAAAAAACAUCAAGAGCAAAUGUUGAGGAAAAAACUUGAGCAAGGAAGAAAUAAUGUCUGUAUUUAGGAGUGCUUGUACUGGAUGUAUGAUAAAGUCCUAAGUAUCAGAAUGUAAUGGCUCCCGAGGCUUGUAUUGAAUUACAGUGUCUCUCUCUCCCUUCCUUACUAUUGCUGUUUAUUAACGUAGAAUGGAAUGAGCACAUAUACAGAUUACUUCCAGUAGGGCAGCACAGGUGUGCUUACAAAGCAGUUUGCAGAAGUACACUCUUGACUUCUUGGAUUACUUGCAUGGUCUCAUUAAAUAGAAGUGAGCUGUUACAUACCACAUGGAAUAGGAAACAUUUCCUUUCUAUUAAAAUAAAUGAUGUCUUGAUUCUGUUUGAUGUACAGAUGGAAUGAGUCAUUACAAUGUUGAGAGAGGGAGCUUUGUUUACAGUGUGCCUGACUUAGUGUGUAAAUGUGUACCUGUGAGUUAUAGCACUGUAUUAACGCAAAGGAUCUCCCACUGCAAACUCGGAAUUGUUGGUUAAACUAACAGAACCUGAGAUGUAUGUGUUCCCUUUUUAUCUGUGCUUUAAUGUAGUUCUAGAUUGAAAAUCUUAACACUAUUUUAAACAGAAACACCUGUAUUAGUAACACACGUAAGCCCAGAUCUAGUUUUGUAUGUUCAGUUCACUAAUCAAAAAUCACAAAGGACAUACAUUGUUUUGCUUCUAGUCGUUGGGGUUGUGUGGUUUGGGGGGUGGGAGUGGCAGGGGGGAGUUUGUAUAGCUAGAUAACUCUAUUGAAAUUAAACUCCAGAGAUGAUUAUUCUGGUUGAAGACCAGGCUUAUUUCUAUUUCCUUGCACAGGAUGGGAACUGCCAAAUCAAGUAGCCUUUUCACUUUUGUGCCCUUUAAAGGGACAACCGGGGAACACUCUACAUGGUGUUUCCUUUCACCUCCCUACAGUCAGUCAGUAUUUAGUGCUUGCUUUGAAUCAGGAUGGUUCAGUAAUAACAAGCAGUAGUCAAUUUCAUUGGCUAAUUACAUACCUGUUUCCUUUCUCCCGUUGUAUCAGUAUUAAAUGAAUUGCUUCUUCAAAAUUUCUAGUUACUAAUUUAAUGCUGUGUAGCUUGGAGAAUAGGAAUACUGGCCUUUUCUACUAUACUAACUUUUUCAUACUGCACUUAUUUAUAAAUCACCCUUUAAAAAUUUUUUACUAUGGGCAUAGAUUUUUUUUUCCUAUCUCCUUUCACACCAUGUAUUCAUAAUACCUAUCUGCACUACAAGAAAAAAAAAGGGGGGGGAGGGGAAUUCAUGUGCAUGCACUUUGUCUUUGACCUGUUACUUAGAACUCAAAAAUUCUAGUCCAUUAAAGAGCUAAGAAAAUGUUAGGCAUUAGAUUUUUGUUACUCUUUCAUAGAUUGUAAGAAGGCUACUAGUUGUCAGAUUAAAAUCAGAAUGGUUUAUUAAAAUUGAGUCUGUUUACCUUAUGGUGAUGUUUUUGUAUUUGUCAGUAUCAAGAAAUACUGAUAAAUCAAGACAUACAGGAAUUUGUAUAUUCAAAAUGUUCUUUUAAUUUACAGGACACUGCUUACUUCUAGUGGUAACUUCAGUGGUACUCUGGCACAUUUAUCUCAGUAUAACAAAACUGAUUUAACAAACAUUUUGUAAUAUAGGGUGGAGAGGAAUAAAUAAGACUGCUAUAAAUUGAUUUUUAAAAUUGAGCUCUAAGAUGGUAUAUCCUAUUUUGAGUGACUCAGUUAUGAAAUCAUUUCUAGCUCUGCUUUUAGAGUAGGCUAAAAAUAGUUAGAAUGUCAGACCAUUGCUCUGUUAAUGGAUCAUGCCCUUCCUCUUUUAGUCUUAUCUUGCUGUUUAAGUACAGUAAUGUUGCAAAUUCCUUUGCCUAUUUUAGCUGGCCAAGAAGAGCUUGUAUGCCUCUAAUCCAUAACGAUAUGCUGUAUACUUCUGAAUUUCUCUUUCUGAUUGUAGAUGGAAAGAUUGAAUAAAAAUGGGAAUGAGAGCUUUCUUUCCAUGUAAUAGGAAAUGGAGAAAGUAUUGGAAGAAAUACACUUUUUUAUUCUUCAGAAAUUACUGCACACCUGCCCUUUGCUGUGAGAGGUUCCUUACAGGCAUGCUAAUUGGGGAAGAUUUUUUUUAAAACAACUAUUUGUUGCAAAUGGCAACAGUACAUUUUUGGAGUUACAGCUAAAAUAGUGUGAUCUGGAUUUACAUUAAUGUGUUUAUCCUGAAUAGCAGUGUGGUACUUUUUGUGUAGAUAGCACUCUGGAGAAGGGUUGGGGUCUCUGUAAAAUACGCAUCUAUCAUAGAACAAAGAUAUCUACCAUGUCAAAUCCAGCACAAUGAAAGAAAAAGCAAUAGCUUGGGGUUUUUGUACUUAAGAGUUAGUGAAGGUGGAGAGGGGGGAAGAGUGGAGGUGAGAAGCUAUUAGCAUUUUAUAGCAAGGAACAAAGAAGAAAGUCCAGAUAGAUAAAAUGAUGAUACGUGUAGUACUAAAUUCACCUUCUAGUCGUGCUGAACUAAAUCUUUCUCAGCCAUUGCACAGGAGAGAAGUUUGUAACUAAAAAUUAAGAUUCAAAGCAAAAGCAUUUUCUGAGUGCUUGCUUCAUCCUUUGGUCCUACAGCUGAGACUACAAUGCUGACAACAAGUGGUAUAUCUAGCAUGCUACUCUGAACCAUAGGUACUGCCAGAAAAUACUUCAUGAGAGAAUGUUGCAAUAUGUCACUGCUGAAAAUGAACAUUUCAGGAAGUUAUUUCAAACUUAGAAUUAAUAGCAUCUGAAUGCAGGACUAGCAGCCACAACAUGUUGUAAUUCCGUUUUUGGAUGUUGAGCCUGUGUUAGUAUUGGACACAUUUUUCUCCUACAACAUGAGUAUGCCUGGCUUACUUCUCCUGGUGAUGUGAGAGUUAAUCGUCUUAAAAGGCUUUAAAGAUGAAAAGCACUGUGUAUAAGAACACUACAUGCUCCCUGAGUUGAAAAACAAACUUAUGUUAAAUAUAUCUUCCUGCUGCUGAGCAAAGGAGAACAGCAGAAAGGAUAUUUGCAAUGUUUGUUUUCAACAUUUAAAUAUUUUCAUUGAGCUCUCUUCUGUUGUCCAGAACCGAUUAAAUCUCUGAUGCUAGAACUAGAACCAGGUUUUUUUCCCUUCUUUUUUUAAAUUAGUACUACUAGUUUACUAUAAAGUUUUUAGUACAGCGGGACUAUCUAAUGGAAUCUCACUUAGUAUAGCACGGAGGUUUCUUCUAAAAUUACUUUCUGGGCUUUGCCAAUGAGUAAAAAUAGAACAGGCCUGAGAGGUAACGUCUAAGGAUUUUGUGAGAAUUAGUGUCCUAUUUGUUUCUUCUAUUCUGCAAAUAAAUCCUGGAAAUGCA